CUACACGGACGAGGAGCAGAAGACCAACAAGAAGACAACACGGACGAGGAGCGGAAGACCAACAAGAAGACAACACGGACGAGGAGUUGAAGACCAACACGAAGACGACACGGACGAGGAGUGGAAAAUAAACAAUAGGAAUAUAACACGGACGAAAGAACCGACGAAAAUUUAAGACGCUUAAACGAAAUUGCAGAAAUGGAAAGCUGAAAAUUACCCAAACUAUACGGACGAAUAUCAGAAGAAAAACGCCAACGAGGAGUGGAAGACAAACACGACGACCACACAGACGAGGAGCGGAAGAUCAACAGGAUGACGACACGGACGAGGCGCGGAAGAUCAAGAUGAAGACGACACGGACGAGGAGCGGAAGACCAACACGAAGACGACACGGACGAGGAGCGGAAGAUCAACAUGAAGACGACACGGACGAGGAGCGGAAGGUCAACAUGAAGACGACACGGACGAGGAGCGGAAGAUCAACAUGAAGACGACACGGACGAGGAGCGGAAGAUCAACAUGAAGACGACACGGACGAGGAGCGGAAGAUCAACAUGAAGACGACACGGACGAGGAGCGGAAGAUCAACAUGAAGACGACACGGACGAGGAGCGGAAGAUCAACAUGAAGACCACACGGACGAGGAGCGGAAGAUCAACAUGAAGACAAUAUAGACGACCAGCGGAACACUAACACGUGGACAAUACAAAACAAAAGAGGAACAGGAUGCGACCACGAAGUUUUGACCAGAGUAAAGCAGUUGUUACAAGAACAAGACAAGACACAGACGGAGGGCAAAAGUUGGAGAUAAAAUCAUAAAUUAGGUAACUAUUCAGAUGUCAGUUUCAUAAAAGUAUGUUUAUGUCAAAAUGAGUCAACGAUGCGACGAGAUAUUUAUAAAAUGUGCUGUAGAUAAUUGACACAACCAGAAUACACAGCAAUGAGGUACAACUCAAAAAUAUAUAUGAUGAAUAUCUACUUAAGCGAAGAUGGCUUACGGCAUAACAAUAUUUACGAUAUAAUAGUAGGCAUACUAAACAACGGAGAGAUGACAAUUCGUAAGAAGGGGUAAUUCUUAAAUUAGUUUAUUGACCAAAAUAAAGGAAAGUUCGUGAUCUGGAGCUGGCGGAAAUACAAAUUAGCGAAGCAGGUAACGAUCAUUGUUAGAGUAAGACAUUUGCAAGGCGAACAAUAUCGAAAUAAGUUAGGACUCCACUACGCGGACAAGAAACCAACAACUACACAGACGAGCAGAAGAUCAACAACAAGACAACACGGACGAGGCGCGGAAGCUCAACACGAAGACGACACGGACGAGGAGCGGAAGACCAACACGAAGACGACACGGACGAGGAGCGGAAGACCAACACGAAGACGACACGGACGAGGAGCGGAAGACCAACACGAAGACGACACGGACGAGGAGCGGAAGACCAACAAGAAGACGACACGGACGAGGAGCGGAAGCUCAACACGAAGACGACACGGACGAGGAGCGGAAGCUCAACACGAAGACGACACGGACGAGGAGCGGAAGCUCAACACGAAGACGACACGGACGAGGAGCGGAAGACCAACAAGAAGACGACACGGACGAGGAGCGGAAGCUCAACACGAAGACGACACGGACGAGGAGCGGAAGACCAACACGAAGACGACACGGACGAGGAGCGGAAGACCAACACGGACGAGGAGCAGAUCAGUACGUGAACAACAGAAAACAAAAGAGGAACAGGUUGCGACGACCACAAAUAUGAUCAGAGUAAAGCCAGUUUGUACAAGAACCAAAGAAAACACAUAGACAUCACGGACGAGGCGCGGAAGAUCAACAUGAAGAGGACACGGACGAGGCGCGGAAGACCAACAAGAAGACGACACGGACGAGGAGCGGAAGAUCAACAUGAAGACGACACGGACGAGGAGCGGAAGACCAACACGAAGACGACACGGACGAGGAGCGGAAGACCAACACGAAGACGACACGGACGAGGAGCGGAAGAUCAACACGAAGACGACACGGACGAGGAGCGGAAGAUGACAUGGACGAGGAGCAGAUCAGCACGUGAAGAACAGAAAACAAAAGAGGAACAGGUUGCGACGACCACAAAUAUGAUCAGAGUGAAGCAGUUUAUACAAGAACCAAAGAAAACACGUAGACAUCACGGAGGAGGCGCGGAAGAUCAACAUAAAGACGACACGGAAGAGGCGCGGAAGAUCGACACGGACGAGGCGCGGAAGAUCGACACGGACGAGACGCGGAAGAUAAACCUUCCGAACCUUUUUCCAUGGAGACCAUUUAAUUUCUUAAGAUAAAGGCGAUGGUGAAGACUGAAGACUUACCAUUUAACGAAUGAAGAACCAAGAAGUGAAGAAGAUAUUAAAGUGACAAAUAAACGUAACAAAUAAUCUUAAAACGUAACAUUUUUAUUUCACUACACCAUUUUCUUGUAUAAUAAAAUAUUUUUUUCCAUACUAAA